AGGCACCCUUCGUCAUUCUUCCUCUCCUCCUCCUCCCUCUCCUCCCUCCCCCAUCUCUUCGCAUUCCUAUACCCCUCUACUCCAAGACACAUUGUUCUUGCGGGUCCCUCCCAUCACUUACUCGCUUCCUGGAAUGAACCACCCCCCCGCGGUCUUCAUUCCGUCUCCGCUGUGAAUUUAUCCGCCCACAUCCUGGUCCAGACUGAUAGGCCAGAUAUCGUGACGCUUGGGCGCAACAUCCGGGGAGGUCGGUAGCCACAACCAUGGGACAUUCACGACGUCCGGCUGGCGGGGAGAAGAAAGGCCGGGGCUUCGGUCGCUCCAAGGCCGCCGCCGAUGUGGGCGACGGGCGACAGACGGGCAAGCCCCAGGUCAAAAAGGCCGCCUUCGAAAGCACAAAGAAGAAGGAGAUUGGUGUUUCAGAUCUCACCCUGCUCAGCAAAAUCUCCAACGAGGCCAUCAACGACAACCUCAAACUCCGCUUCGAACAUGACGAGAUCUACACAUACAUUGGACAUGUGCUGGUGUCCGUCAACCCGUUCCGUGACUUGGGCAUCUACACCGACCCCGUCCUCGAGUCCUACCGAGGGAAGAACCGCCUCGAAGUCCCACCCCACGUUUUCGCGGUCGCAGAAUCCGCCUACUACAACAUGAAGUCAUACAAAGAUAACCAGUGUGUGAUCAUCUCGGGAGAGUCGGGUGCGGGUAAGACGGAGGCGGCCAAGCGUCUCAUGCAGUAUAUCGCCAGUGUGUCCGGCGGUAGCGACUCGUCCAUCCAACAGACCAAGGACAUGGUUCUGGCCACCAACCCGCUGCUGGAAUCGUUUGGUAACGCAAAGACCCUGCGCAACAACAACUCCUCCCGUUUCGGAAAAUACCUGGAACUGGAGUUCAACACCAGCGGCGAGCCGGUCGGUGCCAACAUCACCAACUACUUGCUGGAGAAAUCACGAGUGGUGGGACAAAUCACAAACGAGCGGAACUUCCACAUCUUCUACCAAUUUACCAAGGCUGCACCGCAAAAGUACCGAGAUAUGUUCGGUGUGCAGCAACCUCAGACCUACCAGUACACUAGCCGAUCGAAGUGCUAUGAUGUGCCCGGAAUUGAUGAUACGGCCGAAUUCAAAGAUACCCUGGAUGCAAUGGGCGUUAUCGGAAUGUCGGAAGCCGAACAGGAUGAUGUGUUCCGCAUGCUGGCCGCCAUUCUGUGGAUCGGCAACGUUCAGUUCUCAGAAGACGAUUCCGGGAACGCAGCCAUCACCGACCAGUCAGUGGUCAACUUUGUGGCAUACUUGCUGGAAGUCGAUCCCGGCCAGGUGAACAAGGCGCUCACGAUCCGGUUGAUGGAGACGGCACGCGGAGGUCGCCGGGGGUCUGUCUAUGAGGUUCCUCUGAAUACCGUCCAGGCGUUGGCUGUGCGGGAUGCGUUGGCUAAGGCGAUCUAUUUCAACCUCUUUGAUUGGAUCGUCGGGCGCGUCAACUCCUCUCUGACGGCUCGAGGAUCGAUCGCGAACUCCAUUGGUAUUUUGGAUAUCUACGGGUUUGAGAUCUUCGAGAAGAACUCGUUCGAGCAACUGUGUAUUAACUACGUCAAUGAGAAGCUGCAGCAAAUCUUCAUCCAGUUGACCCUGAAAGCGGAACAGGAUGAGUAUGCGCGCGAGCAGAUUCAGUGGACCCCCAUCAAGUACUUUGACAACAAGGUCGUGUGUUCUUUGAUUGAAGAUAAGCGCCCGCCCGGUGUCUUUGCAGCCCUCAACGAUGCCUGCGCGACGGCGCACGCCGACUCCGGCGCGGCUGACAACACCUUCGUUGGCCGACUGAACUUCCUCGGCCAGAACCCCAACUUUGAGAGCCGCCAGGGCCAGUUCAUCGUCAAGCACUACGCCGGUGAUGUCAGCUACGCCGUCGAGGGCAUGACUGACAAGAACAAGGACCAGCUGCUGAAGGAUCUGCUGAACCUCGUUGGGUCCAGUGGCAAUCCAUUUGUGCACACCCUCUUCCCUAACCAGGUCAACCAGGACGACAAGAGGCGUCCGCCCACGGCCAGCGACAAGAUCAAGCUGUCGGCCAACGAGUUGGUGGCGACCUUGAUGAAGGCCCAGCCCUCCUACAUUCGAACAAUCAAGCCCAAUGACAACAAAGCGCCCCGGGAGUACAACCAAGGAAACGUUCUGCACCAGAUCAAAUAUCUCGGUCUGCAGGAGAACGUCCGGAUUCGUCGUGCAGGUUUCGCCUACCGUCAAACGUUCGAUAAAUUCGUGGAGCGAUUCUACCUGCUGUCGCCAAAGACGUCGUAUGCUGGAGAUUACACCUGGACGGGCGAUGCGGAGUCGGGCGCUCGGCAGAUCUUGAAAGACACCAGUAUCCCCAGCGAGGAGUACCAGAUGGGUCUUACCAAGGUGUUCGUCAAGACACCCGAGACGUUGUUCGCCUUGGAGGCGAUGCGCGAUCGGUACUGGCACAAUAUGGCAAUUCGCAUUCAGCGUGCCUGGCGCAACUACCUGCGCUACCGGAUCGAGUGUGCCACGCGCAUCCAGCGGUUCUGGCGCCGGAUGACAGGUGGUCUCGAGUUCAUCAAGCUACGUGAUCAAGGACACCAGGUCCUCCAGGGUAAGAAGGAGCGUCGCCGGAUGAGUUUGCUCGGAUCGCGACGGUUCCUCGGGGAUUACGUGGGAGUUGGCAACAACGGGGGGCCAGGCGAGAUGAUCCGCAACGGUGCAGGCAUUAGCGGAUCGGAAAAUGUUCUAUUCUCUUGCCGGGGUGAAGUGUUGAUUUCCAAGUUUGGCCGGUCCAGCAAGCCGUCCCCCCGAAUCUUUGUUCUGACCAACCGACACGUCUAUAUUGUGGCACAAACGCUGGUCAACAACCAGCUCCAGAUUGCGUCCGAGAGAACGAUACCCAUCGGGGCCAUCAAGUCCGUCAGCACAUCGAACCUGCAGGAUGACUGGUUUUCGCUCGUGGUGGGCGGACAGGAGCCGGAUCCGCUCAUCAAUUGUGUGUUCAAGACCGAAUUCUUCACGCACCUCACCAAUGCUCUCCGGGGGCAACUGAAUCUGAAGAUCGCCGAUCACAUCGAAUACAACAAGAAGCCCGGCAAGUUGGCGACGGUCAAGGUCGUGAAGGACCCCGGGGCCGGUGUCGAUAGCUACAAGAGCAGUACCGUCCACACGAGCGCAGGCGAGCCCCCCAGCUCCGUCUCCAAGCCCACGCCUCGUCCGAAGGCGGUCGCUGCGAGACCCGUCACGAAGGGCAAGCUGCUGCGUCCUGGCGGCCCCGGCGGCGGGCCCUCCAAAUUGGCGUCCAGGCCUGUGCCGGCACGCCAGCCUCUGCCUCAGUCGGCGCAGCCAGCUGCCGUGCAACCACCACCGGCCCCGCGACCAGCCGUGUCGCCCGCAGCACAACCUAGGCCGGUCCCUCAGCCUGUUGCCGCGGUUGCCGCAUCGCAACACCUCUGGCCGGGCGCCCCCCCGCCGCCUCCUGCGCCCCCGGCGAGCCCCCCGGCGCAGAAGAAGCCGACGGCCAAGGUAUUGUACGACUUCAACAGCGACCAGUCCAACGAGCUGUCGAUCCGGGCGGGCGAGGUCGUGCAGAUCGUGUCCAAGGAAGGAAAUGGGUGGUGGUUGUGUAUGAACACGGCGACGUCGGUGCAGGGCUGGACGCCCGAAGCCUACCUCGAGGAGCAAGUGGCCGCAACACCCAAGCCUGCCCCCCCACCACCUCCUCCGGCCGCACCGCGGGCUAGCCCGGUGCCCGCCACCAACGGGGCGGCAGCCGCGGCGGCCGCCAAAGCCAAGUCCAAGCCCACGCCGCCGGCACCGCCAGUGAAGCGACCCAACAUGACCGGACGGAAGGUGGCUCCAGCGCCUCCAGCGGCACCUCGUGACAGCGCAGUGAGCAUGAACUCACACGACUCAUCUGGAGGAAGUGGACGGGCGACGCCAAACAGCGCAUCGAACGCGAGUCUGGCGGGAGGGUUGGCAGAGGCGCUGAAGGCGCGACAACACGCGAUGCAAGGACACCAGGAUGACGAUGAUGAGUGGUGAGAUCCUUGGAAGAGAUACGAUGAGCUAGAGUACAUACCCGGUAGAUCAAAAUAGACAUGUAUAGCUGUGCAAUUUGCCUGACAUAACCAAACUACA